UUUUUAAAAUUCCUAGACUCGGCUACCGGAGAGCGGAACUGUGCCCGCGCGAGAUGGGAAUGGAGGAGUCGGCGGGGGGCGCCGCGAGGCAGGCGAAGGAGUCGCUGGAGCUUGCGUUCCAGAUGUUCCAGAUCCUGGACACCGGCCUCGACCGCCACACCCUCUCGCUGCUCAUGGCGCUCUGCGACCGCGGCGCCAACCCGGAGGCUCUCGCCGCCCUUGUUCGCGAGCUGUCCUCCACCGCUCCCCCGUCCGCCGCUGCUCCCACCGCGCCCGCCUCCAACGCCGUGGCGGCACCGACCGCCCCCUCGCUGUUCCCCUCCAGCUUUCGGCAGCUCUAGGCUAGGCAGGUACCGAAGACUGGACGCAACUGAAGUUCUUGAUAUGAAGUCGAACCAAAUCUGAUACUUGGCUUGCUGGAAGAGCCGGAUGAGCUUUGGUCGUGAUGUUGUUUCCACAAGAAAAAGUUGUGGUUCAUUGAGUUCCUGUAAAUUGCCAUCUUUCUUUGCUUGACUUGGACACUACUGUAGUAAUCAUGAUGGCCACUACCUCCUCGUUCAUAGUCUUCCUAUAUUCCCAUCGCUGUAUGCAUCAGCUGGACAUCUGGUGUUCUGUCGAUUAUCCUCUCUUUGACGAUUGUGUUGUACUUAUCUGAAAGGAACACGCCACGGCCUGGUGGCCAUGAAUCGAGGUCCCGUUUUCGGGAUAACAAUCAAAAAGCUAUGAAACGAUUA